CGGGUCCUUUGCUACUUCAUUACUUGAGUUCUAACCAAAGUAGGGUGGAAGUUUCCGAGCAGACACUGAACUCAGCAACAUUAUCCACCGGUGGUGCCCAUUUAUCAGAAAGUCCAUCACCUCAUUACAAGCUAGAAGAAUUGGAAGAAACGAGCAACAAUGAAUGUCUCUCAUGAAAUAAAUUUGCUGGUGCAGGAGAUUAAGCGGCUUGGGAGUAAAAAUGCUGAUGGUCAAACCAGCGUGAAGUUUGGGGUUCUGUUUAAUGACGACCGUUGUGCCAAUAUCUUUGAGGCGUUGGUGGGCACCCUGAAGGCUGCCAAGAAAAAGAAGGUGAUCAACUUCCAAGGCGAGUUGCUUCUGCAAGGGGUCCACGACAACGUUGAUAUUGUCCUGCUCCAAGAAUGAGGCUAGAGUCUUUGGAUCAGAUGGUUUUCUAGUGACUGUGGGUCUGAAUACUGAGCCUUAGUGUACCGGCUGAUCCUCCUCCAUGAAUAAGGCUCAGUAUUUGAACUCAAACACAAUGACCAAACAGAUUAGACCUAGCAAUAUAUGAAUGGACCCGACUGGCAUGUCUGCAUAUGAUGUCAUUUGAUUUUAAUGUGCCCAAUUUCAGAAUAUUUUACAGUAACCACAGUCAUAGUUCCGGAUGACAAGGAAAAGUGGUGUUUCUCUCUUUCUCAGGCUUCCGUUUUAUCAGCCACAGGUCUAAAAUGUCAUUUUGGUAUGCUUUUAAGAUGCAAAAAUCAGGAAUGUAAUUACUCUUGUUAGUUUUUGGGAAAAUUACAGUAGUGGGGAAUUGUCAUAACCAAAUACCUCUCUUGAUGGUAACACUGUCAGGAUAAUGUACACACAGGGUAAAAUUCCUGACUUACCAAUUCUGAUAAACAUCUUCAGAGGUUUAAUUGGAGCACUGAUCUUUUAAAGCUGCAUUAGGCAAAUUCUCCCUUUACCCGCUUCAAGUGGAGGCGAGAGUUAAUUAAAAAUGACUAUUUUUACAUAGAAAUUUAGCACAGCUUUAAGACAACAGGUAGAGUGUCGACAAAUGGCCAUAAAAUUUGUGUAUGUGAGCCAAUUAUACUACCUCUUUGUAAUAGAACAUUAUUAGACCAGUGCUUUGGAAAACUAAGAACAUUUCCUCUAUAGAAACUACUACAAUUUUGACAGUCCAAGUGCAUUUUAAGGAAGACUUUUGUACCUUUAAAUUUUUGUACUCAUCACAAUAGAGUAGUUUUUAUUCCAUCUUUUUUUAUGUCGUCAGUAAUGAAUUUGCCUUUCAUAAGAAAUACUUGAUGAACAAAUGAUGAAUGUAUUUCUCAUGCAAUAUUUAUUUGUGCAUUUGUGGACAAGGUGCAUUUGUAAUGAUUCUCAGGACCAAAUCAACGCAACCAAAAUAUUUCACACAGUGAUCCGGUGGCAUAAAUUCAGUGUCUUACUUGUGACACAGGAUAUAAAAGUUUUAUUUUCAGUUGUACUGCUGUUUAUUCUGUACUGUAGGUCUGAUGAUACUUGCAGAUGAAGUGUGACCAGUUUGCAUCUCAAAAACAACACUUGCAAUUUUAUAAGAAAAAAUAUUUUUAAAAAAUCCAAAAUACAUUUGCUUUAUAUGGAGGCCCAAAGUGGUCAAACUUUUAAAUCAAUAAUUAAGACCCUGUGAAAUAAAUAAUCAUACAAACAAAUGCAGACAAAACAUGAAAUAAUCCAAACUUGGAUCAGUUUUAUGAAAUAUUAUCUCAUCUUGCUUCUUUUCAUGAAACCUUUUAAUGUAUUUAGUUCCGGCAGUUUUAUUUCGCAAUUUCCCAUUUCUCAUAUUUUAUCUAUAUAUGUAUGACUGAUUUGGUGAUAAUCACUUAUUUAAUUUUGACCACUUGGGACCUCAGUAUGUUUGGUAAGUUGCUGCAGCUUUUUCUAUUUGAGAGAAAAGAUUUGUCCUUAAAAUACAUCAGGAGGACAAACAGCCAAGUAUAUUUAUCCUGAAUGUACGUGGAAGCUGUUUGCUUCUUGCGGUGAGGUAGGACCUGUGAAACCCCUUAUCUGCAAGUUUUAUAAGACCCAUGCCACAGUCACUGCUGUUGUGUCAACCUAGCUGCAUCUUUUGGGUUCAGUGUCGAGUGUUUGUCUAAAUUUGGAUCGAAUUUUUUUUUUUCUAAACCGUAUAGGAGACUGCUGCUUGAUUGCGAACAGUUUUGAGGAAGAAAAAAAUUGCAUGAGUUAUAAGUAAUCAUAAGAAAACUAAUGCACCAAGUCAGAAAAGUUGUGGAACGAUUGGACCAGUAGUGAGGAAGAAACAUGCCUGGAAAGCUUAUCCUGCUGUUAUUGCAUUCACUGUGCACUUCUUUGGAGCAGGUUACCAGGAAAUUUUAAACACAAAUGCAAAUAACACAAGUUACACACUUAAGCAAAAGAACAAGGUCACAAUCAGAGCAGUGCCAAUACCUCGAGCUGUUUCAGUGAACUAGUGGGAUGUCUGCAUGAUGUGUUCAAGUGUGUUAUUACUCUGUUUUGUUUUCUAUAAGAACAGGGGUACUUCGGAAUAAAAUCUUUACACUGGAAGC